AUGCCGAACCAUCGUUUGCUGAAGAGAGUGCUGUUUUUCAUGCCCAAUUCAGAAUGGCGUAAACAAAGAGGUGGCCAACCCUUGACUUGGCAGAGGAGUAUGAAGGGGAUCACGAAACGCUUGGGUGCUGUCGGUGCUACACGCCUUCCAGGAUGGGGACCGCGUGAUCCUCACUGUACCUGGUUGGAGACACUACAAGAUAUGGUUGCCAACCGAUGUCAGUGGCGUUCUUGUUGUCACAGUGUUAUUGAGAUCAUUUCUCUAAGUCGUUCGCUAGGAAUGACCAAAUCAGCUUUAAGGCGAAAGAUCAACAGAAACAACGCGGAUAGGCACUAUGAAAAUCGUCACCUUUCUAACCGGACCCGGCCGCGUCCGACCACUGUCGGGCGUCCGCCGUGUGAAUCUCUUUUGCCGGAUGCAGAAGGAUUCAUUCUCCACUUGAGCAAGCGGGAGAAAGACCUUCUCAGGAGAUCUGACUCUGAACAGACCCAAAUCCGUCCGAUGGAUCUAUCAGUUAAUUCAGAAGAAUCAAAUCCAGAACCCAUUGAACAAGAAAGUUUCAGUGACGAUGAGUUCGAGGCGCAUUCGACCGUUUCAAAGAGUUGGGUUCGCAAACAGCUGAAGGGUCCUCAUCAGGGUGGAAUCAGUAAACCAGGGUGCAAAAAACGCCACACGACUUUACUGCGUCGCGCGUUGUUACAUACACGACUUCAGCUCCAGAACGCGACAGAAGUGUCUGAAAGCAGUCGUCAGCCAUUAAUCGAUCCAUCCACACGACCUCCCAACACUCAUUCACCAUCAUCUACCCUUCUGGAUCCAUUUACGCUCAUCCAGCGGUGGGCUUCAGGGUCUGCUGAGUCGGCUAUGGAUGCCAAAACGUUGGCGAGCCGCAAGCGGAAGAAGAAGGCAAAAUCAAAGCCCAACCCCGGGACCUCGGCGGGAAACGAAAGCAGAUCCUUGACUUCUCUCAAGUCGCGAUCAACAGCCACGCACCACGCAAUCGAAUCCUUCCGAAACAUGUUGGUGAAAUUUUGAACCUAUCAUUCUUGCUUUGUGACAUGUACAUAAC